AUGAGAUGUGAUACAAAUUUAAAUGAUGGUUGUUCUGGUAGGUCACGUACAGUUAGUGACGAUGAAAAUGUUUGCAGCAGUACAACUCUGACGUUUGAAAGUACAUUAUUGGAAGGUUUCGUUUUGAAGCCUUCAUUAUCGUCGACGUCAUCAACAUUCUCAUCCUCAUCAUCGUCGACAUCAUCACCAUCCCACUGCUUUUUUUUCGAAUAA